AACUGAUACUGGUUUUAAGUUACAUGAGUAUACACAGUGUUAUCAAAACUAAGGUUUAUUAUUAGUUGUGAGCUUAUUUUCAAUAAAUAUCCAACUUUCUGCAUGUGUGUUUGGCAUUCAUGUGAUAUUUGAGCAAUCCGAGUAGCUUACCAUCUAUUUCUGUCACAGCUGCUUGGUGAGGGUUGGACUGCCUUCACAGCUGACUUGUCGGACACCAGUGUUGGCCUAAAAUGGCCGUUGAGAACAGACUGUUUUGCUGAAUUAUCAAGCCCCUCUCCCCAUGGACUUGUUUGAGAUCAGAGGAGGCACACUGGAUGUGAUUGCAGAGGAAGCUGAGCACCAGGAUUUGAGCAGAGAUUCAACCAUCAUGGCAGACAGAGAAGCGAGGCCCCCCCGAGGUGUGUCCACCUUCCAGAGGUUUUCUGUAGGCACCAACGAGUCCCUUCACUUUGAGCCCUGUGAGGACAGCCUUCCAUCUCCCACCCCACCAGAAGAUGAACUGGAUGAUGACAAUGUGUUCAGAGAGGGAGAAACUGAGGGUGAGAUCGUCACAGUCAGGAAUCGAUUGCAAGGGAAAGUUGCUGAAAUGGAGAACUUUGCAGGUCAUCUGGAAGAAAUCUUUCUCACUGUGGAGGAGAAUUUUGGCCGUCAGGAGCAGCACUUGGAGCAGCACUACAACGAUGUGCUGCUGACGUUGUCUCAGCGUUACGACGAGAGGGCGGCGGGGCUGGAGGAGGAGAAGAAGGGCAAGCUAGAGGCGCUGUACAAGCAGCUGCUGGCCUGUGGGCGAGCCAUGGACGCCUCCAAGGAGCUCAUUGAGACGGCCCAGAAGGUGUACCGCAGCCAGGACAAGAGGCUGUUCCUCAAGGCAGUUAUGCCCACCAUUAAAAGAAUUGAGGACUUUGCCAAAGAGGAGGUUGAGCUCACGUUGUCUACAAGUCUGGAGUUUAAUACACCACUCUCUGACAUGUCGGAUGUUAAAACCAUGAUGGACUCCAUCAACGUUGUUCCAGCUCCAUCAGCCCCGGUAAUCAACCCACAGAUGCCCAACUCGGCCUCCCAGACGUCCCUGCGUGUGUGCUGGAGCCUGUUCUCCGACGACACGGUGGAGUACUAUGAGCUCUACUACAGGCCGGUGCUGGAGGACACACCAGCAGACAGCUCAUGUGCACCACCUGUCAGCAAGGUGAAAGUGAAGGAGACCCACUGCACUGUGGCAGAUCUGCUGCCAAACGCUCAGUAUGAACUCUGGGUGACUGCCACCAACACCACGGGCAUCAGCCCAGCGAGCGAGAAGGCCUUAUACAUGACAGUGCCAUCGCCUCCAGUGAUAAAGCAGAGGGAGUGUACCAGCUGUCCAGAGGCUGCUCUGAUCCGCUGGGAGUCAGGGAACACCAACCCUGUGGACUCUUACACGGUGGAGCUCAGUGAGAUGGGCACUGAUGGAACAGAGAAUGCCAUAACUGAGUCUAUUGUAGCCGUGCCAACCUGUCAGUGUGUGAUCCAGCUGCAGACAGGGCGCCGUUACCUCAUCUCUGUGAGAGCAGUCAACAUCGGUGGGCCCAGCGACAGGAGUGAAGUGAUCACCGUCUCCACGACAGGUACACUCUUCUACCUCCUGGAGGAAACUGCCCAUUCUUGCCUUUCCAUCUCUGAGGACGGCUUCACAAUUUUCUAUGGAGACGAGGAGCUGCCAAUCAGCGCUAUGGCCUUAGACGAUAACAACACCUUUAGCAGAUGUGUUGCUGUCCUGGGGGAUCUGAUCCCAGUACGAGGCAGGCAUUACUGGGAAGUUGAGGUGGAUGAUGGGACAGAGUUUAGGAUCGGAGUUGCAUCUGAGGACACGGAGAGGAACUCCUACCUCGGAGCCAACAACACCUCCUGGUGUAUGAGACACAUUCUCACUCCAUCCAGGCAUAAAUUCGAGUUUCUGCACGGCGGCUGCAGUCCUGACCUGAGGAUCACAGUGAACCCAGUGCGGAUCGGGGUGGCUCUGGACUACGAGAGGGGGACUCUGUCCUUUUUCAACGUGGAUCUGGAACAACACCUACACACUUUCCACUGUAACUUCCCAAAUGAUGUGCAGCCCUGCUUUGGCCUGGAUAACCCAGGAGCUCUUACUGUGCACAACGGCAUCGAGGCUCCCGAGUACGCAUUCACCUGACAGCAGAAUGACGGAAUAAAACCCAGGGCUGGAAGGACGUGAAAUAACUUUGUUUUUCUUACUUAACAAAGUUCUGGGAGAGUCCCAAUAAAAAAAGCAUAUGCCGGCU